CUAGUUCAUGUUGCAAUGACACUAGACAAGACAUACAUACGAGGUUCCAUGGCAGUAAUCCUAAGUGUCCUUCAACACUCUUCAUGUCCACAAAACAUCUUCUUCCAUUUUGUUUCAUCAACAAAAUCCAACUCAUCAUCACUCUUACACACCACACUCUCAAAAUCAUCCCCAUACCUCAAAUUCAAACUCUAUAACUUCAGCGACGAAUUAGUGUCUGGUCUGAUUUCAACAUCAAUUCGCUCCGUCCUCGAUUGCCCUCUAAACUACGCAAGAUCCUACCUCCCAACCAUUCUCCCAACAUGCGUGAAAAAGAUCAUCUACCUCGACUCCGACCUCGUUCUAGUCGAUGAAAUUACGAAACUAGCCUCCACCCCAUUAAACAAGGAUCAAGUUCUUGCAGCACCGGAAUACUGCAAUGCAAACUUCACAGCUUACUUCACUCCCACGUUUUGGUCCAAGCCUUCGCUUUCACUAACGUUUGCGAAUCGAAAAGCUUGUUACUUCAACACUGGGGUGAUGGUGAUUGAUCUUGAGAAAUGGCGGGAAGGAGAUUACACAAGGAAGAUAGAGGAAUGGAUGGAGCUUCAGAAGAGGAUGAGGAUCUAUGAGCUUGGAUCGCUGCCGCCAUUUUUGCUGGUUUUCGCGGGAAAGAUCGGAAGUGUGGAUCAUCAGUGGAACCAGCAUGGGCUUGGUGGAGAUAACUUUAGAGGUUUGUGUAGGGAUCUUCAUCCUGGACCUGUGAGUUUGUUGCAUUGGAGUGGGAAAGGGAAGCCAUGGAUGAGGCUUGAUGCUAAUAGACCUUGUCCUUUGGAUGCUCUUUGGGCACCUUAUGAUCUUUUGAUCACUCCUUUUUCUUUGGGUUCUUGAUCAUCAUCAACAA